AUGUCUCAGAAGGAAAGCAGUGCUUCUGUUUUGACUGCAGCGCCAGCCAACGAUUCUGGCGACGAAUACCUCUCACAGGAGGAAGAAGUAUUCGAUGGUAACGAUAUCGAAAACAAUGAGAACAAGGUCUAUGAAGAGUCGCUGGACCUGGAUCUGUCUCGUAGCAACAGGAAAGUGUGGUUAGUUCGCUUACCCAUGUUUCUCGCUGAGAAAUGGAGAGAUCGUAAUAACAUCCACGGCCAAGAACUCGGGAAGAUCAGAAUAAACAAGGAUGGAAGUAAGAUCAAGCUGGUCCUCAACGAAAACGAUAACGAUACGAUACCGCAUGAAUACGACCUGGAACUGACAAAGAAGGUUGUGGAGAAUGAGUACAUUUUCACCGAACAAAACUUGAAGAAGUACCAACAGAGGGUCAAAGAGUUGGCUUCUGACCCGGAGAAGCAAAGACAGGCCUAUCUGAAGAAACAGGAGCGGGAGGAAGAACUCAAAAAGAGACAGCAACAGCUAAAACGCAGAAACAACCGCAGAAAGUUCAACCAUAGGGUCAUGACCGACCGAGAUGGGAGAGACAGGUAUAUCCCAUACGUCAAGACGAUCCCCAAGAAGACCUCGAUUGUCGGGACGGUGUGCCACGAAUGUCAAGUGAUGCCAUCGAUGGACGACCCUAACUACCACAAGAUCGUCGAGCAGAGAAGGAACAUUGUCAAGAACUACAACAAGGAGAGAAUCACCACCUUGGACCAAACGGUAGGUGUCACGAUGAGCCACACCGGUAUGUCCAUGAGAUCAGACACUUCCAACUUCUUGAAAGUCGGUCGUGAGAAGGCAAAGAGCAGCACGAAGUAUAUCCGUAUGCCCAAGAAGGAAAUUCUGGACUACCUGUUCAAGCUAUUCGAUGAGUACGACUACUGGUCCCUCAAAGGUCUAAAAGAGAGAACCAGACAACCCGAGGCUCAUCUAAAGGACUGUCUUGACAAGGUUGCCACAUUGGUCAAGAAGGGGCCUUACGCUUUUAAGUAUACCUUAAGACCGGAGUACAAGAGACUCAAGGAAGAGGAAAGAAAGGCCACACUUGGCGAGCUUGCCGAUGACCAGACGGGCAGCGGCGACGGCUCCGGUUUCAACUCCUACGAUGACCAGAAUCAACGUGAGGACGGUGAAGGUGAAGAUGAAAUUGAAAUGGAAGAUAUCGUGUGA